AGAAGAAGAAACAGCAACAACAACAGUGAAGCAGAGUCGUUCAUGAGGCUUUAAAUAUACUGUAUUUUUCACACUAUAAACCCAUGUUGUAGAUUUGGUCAAACAGGAGGAAUUACAGCAGGAGAAUCAACUGACAUACUAGAGUAAAGAUGGAGAUUAAGGAGGAACCCUGCAGAAUAAAAGAUGAAGAGACAGAGGAACUAAUAGGCCCCGUGGAGCUGGAUGAACUCAAACAACAGCCUCAUCGUAUCAAAAAUGAAGAUGGAAAUGCAGCUGAGCAAGAUUUCACUCAGAAACAAGUGCAAAACACUGAAGUCAAAGAGCUGUUCACCUGCUCUGAGUGUGGUAAGAGUUUCAUACAUAAAUCCAAGCUUAAAGUACACAUGAGAGCUCACAGUGGAGAACGACCGUUCACCUGCUCUGAAUGUGGAAAGAGUUACAUGAUUAUAUCAGCGCUUAACAGACACGCUAAAGUUCACAUUGGAGAGAGAUCUCAUAUAUGCGCAGAGUGUGGAAGCGGUUUUGUUUUUAAAGCACAUUUAAAGGAGCAUAUGAAGAUUCACAGCGGGGAAAAGCCGUUCACGUGCGCUCAAUGCGGGAAAAGCUUCAUCCGUAAAGGAGAAUUCAAUUUGCACAUGAAGAUUCACACUGAAGACAAACAGUUCGCAUGCUCUGAAUGCGGGAAGAGCUUCAGACGUAAAAAGACUCUCAGAAAUCAUCAGCUCUUACACAGUGGAGUCAAGUCGUUCAGCUGUGAUCAGUGCGGGAAAACAUUUGUUACAGCAGCGGUCUUGAGCACGCACCUUAAAGUUCAUUCUGGAUCGAGGCCUUACAUUUGCGCGUUUUGCGGAAAGAGCUUCGCACAUGUGAGCUAUUUAAAAUUGCACCAGAACAUUCACACUGGAGAGAAACCUCAUGUGUGUUCAGACUGCGGGAAGAGCUUCAGUACAUCGAGCAACCUAAAAACACACCAGAAGCUUCACACCGGAGGGAAAAUGCUCAAGUGUUCGCGCUGUGAAUGCAGCUUCAGUCAUUUAUCGUCUUUGAAAGCUCAUGAGAGACUUCACACUGGAGAAAAGCCGUAUCAGUGCAUGUCAUGUGGGAGGAGGUUUAUCGUGCUUCACAAUCUUCAAACUCAUGAAAGAAAAUGUGAGCAAAGUUAAUUUAUAGAUGCCUCACCUGUAAGUAAACUCAUAUAGCAGGGAUGUCAAACUCAACCCUGCACAGUUUAGCUCCAACCCUCCUUCAACACACUUAUCUGUAGGUUUCAAACAAGCCUGAAGGACUGGUUUGAUCAGGUGUGUUUAACAUGCUUAUUUCACGCGGCCGCCAUUUUAAAGAACCAAAGCGAGGCUGCGGUUGGAAGAAACCCGGAAGUAUAGGACCAGCACUGUAAACAUUGCAGUGACAUGCUAUGGACUACAAACCUCCAGCUGUUGCUGAGAUUUCAAAUUGCAGAAAUGGUGUAAACAUCACUUUAAUAUCAUUCAGUAAGAUUAUUUAAACAAUUAAAAGCAAUUACAAACAACAUCACAAGCUCUGUAAGAGUAAUAUGCUCAAGUGUCCUCCUAGGCUUCAGUUCAUGGCACCAGUUAAACACCAUCGGGACGCUUUCCUGCUUCAGCCUAUGUAACCUGGUGAGUGAUAAAACACUGCAGUCCUCUGUAGCACACCCUUGUGUUGUCUGUAAUAGUGUUGUCCCGCUACUGAAGUUUCAAAAACGUCCAUUUCCUGCUAACAUUCAAACGCCGCUGAGCGUGUCAUAAACAGCGCUGAUUUACCAUAGUAUUCACCAGUGCUCAUCAGUUUACCGCUCUUCACCCAGUGCAAACACAGAUACACGGACACUGGAGCACAAAGCAGCUGUGAAGAUCAGACGAGUCAUUAAGCAGAUCGCUCGUCUGUGUUUGUGCUCGGUAAACAGCGGAAAGUGAACUGAUGACCUUCUCGCCCAAUCACAAUCAUUUCUGUUGAGCACGUGAACACAAUGGCAAAUCAGCGCUGUUUUAAUAACGCCAUCAACAGUGGCUUAAACGUUAGCGGGAAGUUGACGGUUUUGCGUUUAAUUCAGUAUCGUGACAAGUCUAAUAUAGUGAAAGAAUCAGUAUAUUAACUCGAGUUUGAUAAAUGCCAUCUUAAACGUGUGUUUGGAAAGAAAACGUUAGCUAACUAGUGCCAUUUCCCUUAACUUAGCUGAAAAUGAGCUCUGAUAUCCCUUUUUGUUUUCACCAUUCAUUCAGAACGGACCUUCAGGUGAAAUGAUAAAUUUGUGUCACUUUCUCUUCGCUGAUACGAUAUACAGCCAGGUACACAACGUUCCUCUGUAACUCCCAACGAUACUUCUGAGUUUCUUCCCACCGCAGAGCCUCGAUUACGCUUUUAAAAGUGGCGGCAGUGUGAAAUCAGUCUAUUAGAGCUGGAACUAAACAGU